UCAGCAACUUAUAGCGGUACUGCGGUGGACAUUCUGACACUGGGGGGAACUGACUUGGUGUCACUGACAUCCCCAGUGACACCAAUACAGUGAUCAGUGCUAAAAAACAGCACACUGACACUGUACUAAUGGCACUGGGCAGGAAAGGGUUAACAUGAAGGGCAAUCAAAGGGUUAACUGUGGGGCUAUGUCAGUAUACUUCAAUGUAAUCAUACUGCUUUGGAUGGCUGUGCUGUGUACAGACAUCCAAACCAGUGUGCCCAAGUUGACAGGGAGGAGAACUGUUAGUAAACAAAACAGUUCUCUUCCCCGUCGGAGAUCCUCAGAAAUC